AUGCCAGGACCGGUCGAAGAGCCAGUUGUAACGUCCACAAAGACACAGGAACCCGUUGAUAUCCAGAAGGUCUUCCACUACACCGACCUCGACACCCCUAGGCCCACGCGCGUCGAAGACCCCUACGAGUACCAAUGGGGCUUCGGCAAUCGCUUCCAAAGCGAAAUCAUCCCAGGCACACUGCCCGUUGCGCAGAAUCACCCCCAAGUACCGCGAUUCAACUUGUACACUGAGGGCCUCACGUCGUCGGCCUUCGCAUCAAGCAGAACCGCCAAUGCCAGCACUUACAUGUAUCGCUGCCGGCCGUCGGUGGCAAACCAUGGCUUCCAGAAUGGCGUGCUCGAGUCCCGAGCGCACCUGGAAAGCUGUUUCUUGGCCGUCAACCCCAAGGUCAAGAUGAACCCGGCACAGAUCGAGUGGGCGCCCUUUGACCUUCCCCAGGAGGGCGAGGAAAUCGAUUUCGUGGACGGCCUGCACACCCUAGGCGGCUCCGGGGAUGCCAAUAUGCGGGAAGGCCUCGCGCUGCAUGUGUUUAUGAUCAACGCGCGGAUGACGGGGCGGGCGUUUUUGAACGGAGAUGGCGAGUUCCUGAUCGUCGCCCAGCUGGGGAACCUGGAUAUCCAGACGGAGAUGGGCAAACUCUACCUCCAGCCAGGCGAGAUCUGCGUGAUCCCGCGCGGCAUCAAGUUCUGUCUGAACCCAGCGGCCGGCACGAGAGAAGCGCGAGGGUAUGUCCUGGAGGUUUGGGGAUCGCGAUUCGAGCUGCCCGACCUUGGUCCGAUCGGAGGGUAUGGAAACGCCAAUGCGCGGGACUUUGCGUACCCCGUUGCGUACAUGGACGACGUGGAUGAGCUGCAUCAGCCGUGGCAUAUCGUCGAGAAGAUCAACGGCGAGUACCAUGCCUUGAUGCAGGACCAUAGCCCGUUCGACGUGGCGGCGUGGCACGGCAAUUGCUUGCCUUACAAGUACGACAUGACCAAGUUCGUCGCCCAGGGGAGCACGUCGGUCGACCACACGGAUCCUUCAAUCUGGACUCUUCUGACCGCACGCUCGCGUGACCCCAACGUGCCGCUCGUCGACUUCAUCUGGUUCGGCCCGCGCUGGGACGUGGCCAUGAACAGUUUCCGCCUGCCGUACUUCCACCGCAACAGCGCGAGCGAGUUCAUUGCCAACAUCUACGGUGCGUCGGGUGGGAGGAGCGCCAACUUCAGACCCGGCGGAGGCGUCUAUGAAGCCGGCCACACGGCCCACGGCGGGUUCGGGGACAUCUAUGUCGCUGAACGGAGAAAGAAGAGGAACGAACCGAGGAUUUUGUUCCAGGGCAUGAUGACCUUCAUGAUCGAGUCGUCGCGGUCACUCCUCUUCACUGAAUGGAGUCGCGAACACAGUGCCACUGACGCCACGCCGCCAGAGGUCUGGGACUCGGUGCCAGACCAGUUCUCCACUGAUCCCAAGGUGAGGGCCCUUCUACAACGGGUCAAGAAGCAAAAGGCGGAGAGGAAAGCGGAAGAUGAGGCGUAUUAUGAUGAUGAGCGGAUAGCAGAGCUUGUGGGCAAAGUCGCUGUAGUUGAGACGAAUGGGACGAAUGGGACGGAGUUGGCAAACGGGACUUCUGGGCAGGCCUCUGCAGAGCCAAUUGCCGCCAGCUUCUGA